GAUAUGUCAUAUUUCAUAUUCGAUUGAUUUUCGUACCAUGACCACUUGGUACUUCCCUCGUUCUAUCGGCGGAGCAACCGACGCAGCCUACUCCCUCUCCCGCCUUCUAACUCGCUGUUCAUCCUGCAUCCACUUCGACUCGAUCUAAUAGCGUAUUGACGGGUACUCCUAGUCUUGUCUUCGACCGCACACGUGAACACAUCGCUUUCUCGUCCAUUUCGAGCCAAAGGACACGUACUAUCUCAUUCGUCUUCCCUCCAGCCCUGUUCCCUUUUGUUUAAUCUCUGAAUCCUUCGACCUCAGGGAUCCAACACCGCCACCGCCGUCUAGCCUGCUGUGCGUCUGGACAUCAUGGAUCCGCUUGUGAAGAUGCGCGUCAAGGUCUACAAGCUGAGCACAGGCAACCAAUGGAUCGAUCAAGGCACUGGUCGCUGCUCAUGCGAGUUCAACAUGGAUAAAUCCGAAGGAACCCUGAUCGUGCACUCCGAGGACGAGGAGGACAAGAUUUUGCUGAGAUCUCGGAUAAGGGUUGGGGAAGAAUUGUAUCAAAGGCAGCAAGAAACUUUGAUUGUGUGGACCGAGGACGAUGGCGAGGAUCUUGCGCUGAGUUUUCAGGAGGCAGAAGGAUGCGGAGAGAUAUGGGAUAAUAUUAACGACGUCCAGCAGCAUUAUGGCGAGGAUCUCUUUUCGGAUCCAUCAGAUGCUAAUGGUGCAGGGAGUGGCGAAUUUAUCAGUCUUCCGGACCCGGAUAUCUCCAAUCUUGCAGAAAUCGAACAUAUGAUCAAGGAGGCUCAGAAUGGAUUGAACGAAAAGGAAAAGUUGGCUGGCUUCAUCAUUAUCGAUAAUUACAUCGACAAGCUGUUCCCGAUCCUGGAGACAUGCGAGGACUUGGAAAGUCGUUCCGAUUUGCACCUGUUGCACGGCAUUAUGCUUGGAAUCAUUAUGUUAAAUGAUAUCGCCAUCAUCCAGUACAUUCUCAAGGACGAAAUUAUUGUCAGCUGUCUAGGAAUGUUGGAAUAUGAUCCGGAGUUUGGUGACCAAAAGGAGAGUUAUCGGGACUUUCUUCUGAAGCGAUCAAAAUAUAAGCAGAUCGUACCGAUUAACGAUCCGGAGGUGGAGCAAAAAAUCCACCAGGCCUAUCGGUUGCAUUUUCUCAGGGAUACAGUGCUGGCGCGUGUCGUAGAUGACAGUUUGUCCUCAAUCCUGGGCUCGCUCAUCUUCUUUCACAACAUCGACAUCGUAAACUAUAUCCACCAGGAUCGGGCAUUUUUAAAGGAGUUGUUCGGUAUUCUGGAGAACGAGGCAGAACCCUUGGAGCGGAAACGGGACGUAAUUCUAUUCGUACAGCAGUUUUGCUCCAUUGCGAAGACGACACAACUGCCUACGCGGGUAGGCCUUUACCGGACCCUGAGUCAGAAUGGGCUGUUCAACGUCUUCGAGACAGCGUUGUCGGAUACAAGUCCUAGGAUCAAGGUGGCAGGAACAGAAAUACUUUUGUCCGCAAUGGAGCACGACCCGAAUUUGAUAAGAUCGCACAUCGUGAAGCAAGCGAACGAGAAAGCUCCGAAGCAGCUCAUGGACAUCAUUCUAGAUCAGUUUUUGGCCGAGGAGGACAUGGGCAUCAAGUUGCAGUACGCUGAAGUCAUCCGAGUCUUGUUGGAUACCAAUACAAAUCAGGGCGACAGUAUGAUGCACGCUGCACUCGAAGCAAUGCCAAAUUUAGACCCGGAUGCAGACAAAUUCUUGGACCUAUUUUAUGGCCCCUAUGUCGGGAAGUUUGUCUCACCGCUCCUUGGGCUCUCUGAAGAUACGACAACGUUGACCCGCCCCAUGGCGACUCUAUGCGAAAAUAUUUGCCUUAUCCUUUCUUUCAUGGUCCGCAACCAUUCUGUGCGGAGCAAGUACUUUGUUCUUUCGAGUGGUGUCUCUGGCAAAAUUUGCCUGCUGUUAAAGAAUCGCGACCAACACCUUCGAUUAUCUGCGCUAAGGUUCUUUAGGACUUGUAUUGGAUCAAACGACGAAUAUUACCAUCGAUUCGUAAUCAAGCAUAACAUAAUGCAGCAUAUCGUGGACGCCUUACUUUCAACACACAACAAGAAUAAUCUGUUGAACUCGGCCUGUAUCGAAUUUUUUGAUUUUAUCCGUAACGAAAACAUCAAGUCCUUGAUAUCACAUAUCGUACCCUUAUACGGUGACAAGCUCAAGAAUAUUGAGUACGUUAACACGUUCCAGGCACUGAUCCGGCGGUAUGAACAGCAGCAGGAUACGUCCGUGGCGGAUGCAGAGGCAGCAGAGGCAGCCGCAAGCGAAACGAGUUCGGCAAAGCGAGGACCUGCGCAAAAGGCAUGGUCAUCCUCAACGGUGGAUGACGACGAGGAGGCGUACUUUAAUAAUUCCGACGACGAGGACGAGGUCCCGGAUGAAGGCAAGCAAGAGGAUGAUCCGCCGACGUCAGAUCUUAGAAGACGUGUUAGGGGCGAUUCGGACGAGGAUUCAGAUCAUGAUGAGCAUGGAAAGACGCUGUCGACAGAUAUGGAUAAAGAUACGGAGCCCGUCCUCGCAUCCCAGACGACUCCACCGCCGCCACCCUCGCUUUUGCGAAGGAAACUGGUGGAUUAUGAAGAUGAUGAUGACGAUGAAGAAGAUGGCGGUGCAUUUAAUCGGCGCACGAAAUCCUCGCUGCCACCACCGGACAAAAAGGUCAAGCUGGAUGCUGAGGCUGAAGAAAGCGAAGCACAUCGGGACCAUGUUAUGGAAGAAUCUGUGGACUCUCAUGGAACAACAGCGUCUCCAACAAAUGAUGGCUCGAGCCCACCGAUCAAGUUCAGACUGAACAGUCUCCGAAACGGGCGCUCACCCUCGCCCUUGUCGCCUAAUGCGCGGUCCAGAUCGGUUUCACCUUUAUCGAAUACGUUACCACCUGUCGCCAUGCGAACCGGUAUUACGUUUGUGAAGGCAGGAUCCACAGAUAGCGACAGCGGUCACUCGGGCGAGGGCGAGUCUAAAGCUGGAUCGCCCGCGAACGAGAAUGCUGUGUCUGAGGCUGCUAUCCACUUGAGGAGCGAUUUGGCAAGAGACUUUAAGCGGACCGAGGACGAAGAUGAAGUUCUCAGGCGACGAGUGGACGCGCCUGCUGCGAGCAUUGCUUCCGAGGCAUCAGAUGCAGCUUUCCAGGAGGUUGGCGAUAGCACAAAACCGUCGACGAUGGAUAUCCCUGAGCAGGUAUUGACAGAGACUAAGCCCUUGGAUACUGCAACCGCGGAAUCUGCCAACCAUGCGAUAUAACUGAACUGGCCAUAAGACACAGAAAUACCAUCUCGUGAGAAUUCACUUCGUGUUUUCUCUUUUCCUUUUUUUUUUCUUUUUUUCUUUUCUUCUUAUUAUCCUUCACAUGCAUCCGUUACACAUUCUUCCGCUCCUUUGAACAAAACCACAAAAAAAACC